ACCACAAUCAACUGAAUUCCAAAACCAAACGGCAAAACCAACUAAACCCAAUCAAAAUGCCUUCACCUCCCUCAUCCUUCGCAACCAUUUCUCGUAACCGCACUGUCUUCUCUAGAAAAUGGACCAACAAGGAAUACGCAAUCGCAUUCACAAGCUUCUCCUUCACACUCAUCCUCUUCUCUCUCACUCGCCGCCCAAACCUCCAAGAACCUUCUAGAGUCUCUUCCUCCAAUCACCUUGUUCCCUUGACCCUCCUCUCAAAUGCCACCCAAAGAGGCGCACUUUGCUUGGAUGGGAGUGCCCCUGGGUACCACUUUCAGAAGGGAUUCGGGUCCGGAUAUCAAAAUUGGCUACUUCACAUUGAGGGAGGUGGGUGGUGUGAUUCGGUAGCUUCGUGUUAUCAGCGAAAAAUGACUGCGUUGGGUUCGUCCAAGCACAUGGAAACAGAGGUUCCUUUCUCUGGAAUAUUAAGCUCUGACCCUUCUCAAAAUCCUUAUUUCUUUAACUGGAACAAGGUGAGGGUACGCUAUUGUGAUGGUGCAUCUUUUGCUGGCCACCAAGAAAGUGAGAUUAAGGAUGGAAAUGGGUUGUUCUUCAGAGGCCAGAUCAUUUGGGAAGCUAUUAUGGAUGAACUCUUAUCAAUUGGCAUGUCUAAAGCAAAACAGGCACUGCUUUCAGGAUGCUCUGCUGGAGGGUUGGCAACUCUAAUACAUUGUGAUGACUUCCGAAAAUAUUUUUCGAAAGACAUAAAUGUUAAAUGUCUUGCUGAUGCUGGGUUUUUCCUAGACGAGGAGGAUGUUCUUCGAAAUAGGACAAUGAGAUCUUUCUAUCAUGACGUUGUUCAGCUUCAGGGUGUUGCAAAAAGUUUACACAAAGAUUGCAUUGCUAGAAUUGAACCAUUUAAGUGUCUUUUUCCAUUAGAAAUUGUUAAGAACAUAAAGACUCCAGUGUUUUUUGUCCACCCUGCUUAUGAUUUUUGGCAGAUACAAAAUAUUUUGGUACCUCAUGGUUCAGACCCCCAUGGUUACUGGAAAAGCUGCAGAUUGAACAUUCCCAAUUGCAAUGCUGAUCAGUUUGAUGUACUUCAUGGUUUCCGUAAAUCAUUGCUGAAGAGACUCGACGAGUUCCAGCAACGAAAGGAGAUUGGAAUGUUCAUAAAUUCCUGCUUUAUUCAUUGCCAGACAGGGAUGGGAGAGACAUGGCACUCCCACAAUUCCCCUAAAAUAAAUGAUAAGACAAUUGCUGAAACUGUUGCUGAUUGGUACUUUGACCGCAAAGUUCUCAAGCUAAUUGACUGCCCUUAUCCAUGCAAUCCCACUUGCCGCAAUAUGGAUUUCACCAGAAAAUAGAAAAGCUUAGGGAACCAGGUUUAAUUUUGCCAGUUUUAUCUCUUAAUUGCAUUCUUUUAUGUUGAAGAAAUAUCUUCCCUUUAAUGUCCAUACAACGACCGAGUUAGAGAAUAUUUUGGGGCAUUUCAUCUUAUGCAUUCACUUGAACGAUAUUGUCCUUACCUUUGUUCUAUAGCCAUGCAGCAGGAGUUUUCCCCUAGACUAGGUUCCAUCCUUGUAAAAUGCUAUCGUUUAAAGUUUUUAAUGAUAACUUUGAUCAAAAGAGAAUAAGUUUUAUACAAUCUUGCUUUAAACUAAGAACUUUUUAGUGUUCCUUCUUUCCUUCCUUUUGUGUAUACAUAUUUCCCAUGUGUGGAACACUUGAACUUUGUAUAUUGAUAAUACAUGCAAUGCUAAAUUGCUAAUGAUGGUGUGAUUAUUGUUAGCGUUCUUUUUAUGUGACAAAAAUAUCUUUAAAACUCUUAUCGCACUUUCAUUAAACUAGCUAUGCUACAUGGAACGAAAUACUGGAGGAUGGUAAACAUGAGCAUUAGCUUAAUGUGGUAGAAAUGAAGAUGCUUUGAUGGAUGAAAAAAUAGACAAAUUCAUAGGGUUAAUAGUCAAAUUAGUC